CAGUGCUACCAACAGCCUCAACCAUGAACAAGUGGAUCGCUCUGGCGCUGCUGGCCUGUGUGGCCGCCGUCUGUGCCGAGGAGACCCCGGCCGCCGAAAACCAGGACCUCGAGCAGGAGGAGUCCAUCGUUCACGGAUACGGUCUGGGCUACGGAGGCUACGGAGGCUACGGAGGCUACGGAUACGGCCGCGGCUACGCUGGCUACAGGGGCUACCGCCUAGGAGGCUACGGAGGCUACGGCUAUGGUCUCGGAGGCUACGGCGGCUACGGCUACGGCCGGGGCUACGGAGGCUAUGGCUACGGCCGUGGUCUGAUCGGCUAUGGUGGCUACGGCCUCGGAGGCUAUGGCGGAUACGGCUAUGGCCGCGGCUACGGCUAUGGCCGUGGCUACGGAGGCUAUGGACUCGGCUACGGCUAUGGUGGCUACGGAUAUGGUGGUUACGGAUAUCACUAAAUGCUCUGAUGGCGACCGCCGGCGUCGCUGGAACUGCCUCGCUGACAAACAGAAUGUGGCGCGAUAAGAACACUAAGGGCCAGUCUUUCAACCAGAAGAUCCACCCCACCAGUGGGUCCACAAAAUGUGUCUGCACAAGCAUAUUUGGUUUUGAACUGGUAAUUCCAAUAGUGGUAUUGUCAGUAACCCCAACGGGUGUUCGGAAACA